AUGGCCGGAAAAUUGGGUGCGAGUGCCGACGUCCAACGAUGGACAGUCACUGAGUCGUAUCUUGAUAUAAGAGGCGGCCUGCUCGAAGGACCUUUCUAUACGCCAGAGCGCAAUGAGCUGCGCUUCGUUGAUCUCGACUAUGAAAAGGUUUACUUCGUAAAUCUCGCCAAGGGACCGAGUGCAACACGAGUAUUACAUACGGAAUCGCCUAUUGGUGUGACUGCAGAUAUGAUCGACGACUCGGGAAAUAACACUCAGAUCGUGGUGGCGGCCAAGCACGGCUUUGCUACCAUGGACUACCAAUCAGGUGCUCUGACUUAUAUCCAUCGCGUGCAUACCUCUGAGGAGCAAGCCUAUAGAAUGCGUUUCAACGACGGCGCAGUCGACAAUCAAGGCCGCUUUUGGGCAGGCUCAAGUAUUGACCACAAGUAUGUCCAAGGCCAACAUGAGGGCACUCUAUACCGACUAGAUCCAGAUUUGAGUUUGCAUGAGAUGGUUCACCAAAUGACGACACCCAAUGGAAUGGGCUGGAAUGAUGCCGAUAACAUCAUGUACGUCACAGAUUCACCUCAUGGGAAGAUAUACGCCUAUGAUUUUGACGCGCGGACUGGGUCGAUCACCAACAGGCGCGAUUUCCUGACUUUUGAAGCCAGUUUUGGCGAACCAGACGGCUUUGCCAUGGACGUGGAGGGAUGCCUUUGGGUUGCUGUGUGGCGAGGUAGCCGCAUCAUUCGAGUCAAUCCACAGGGUGAAAUUACCGGAGAGAUCUUAUUCCCUACACGGUUCAUCACUUGUCCGGAGUUCGUGGGGUCGGAGCUGAUCGUCACCACGGCCAUUGAACAAGAGCCAUAUAAAUAUCCCCAGUCAGCGAGAUGGGGUGGCAAAGUAUACAGAGUGGAUGUCGGCAUACGGGGGAAACCUCGUAACGCUUUCCGGAGAGGAUAUCAAAGCUAAGCAA